AUGUCAAAUCCCCAACUUGAUGCUGCCUCUAUCGCCCGUCUCUCCUUGCACGAUCCUACCUCCUUUGGCAUCCAGCACUCCCAAACUCUGCACCGUAUAGCGCUUCUACAGCACUGGAACAUUUCCCCGGGCUCAAGAGUGCUGGAGAUAGGAUGCGGGCAAGGUGACUGUACGACCGUACUCGCCCAUGCCGUGGGCGAAAACGGGAGCGUAGUGGCGGUUGAUCCCGCCGAACUGAACUAUGGUAUGUACUCCCAUACCCUCGGCCAAGCACAAGAUCACAUCUCGCAAGGUCCGCUGGGUAAGCAGAUUACCUGGGUACAGCAAUCACCGCUGGAGUACCUCUCUUCCUUGUCUCCACGCACUGGUGACAGCAAAGCAUUCGACGUUGCAGUACUUGCCCACUGCCUCUGGUACUUCUCUUCCCCUUCACUUAUCCUGACGACCUUCCGCGCACUUAGGCAGCAUAGCAAGCGUCUCCUCCUUGCGGAAUGGUCGUUGGUAGCAACGUACUCCGCCGCCCAGCCUCACGUACUAGCUGUACUCGCCCAGGCCGCACUCGAGAGUCAUAAAUCCAAAAGUGACUCGAAUGUCCGCACAGUGCUGGGACCAAAGCGACUCACCAAGCUAGCCCUGGCUGCUGGAUGGCAGUUAGAGAGUGAGGCUCGCUUGCAAUGUGGCGAGGGACUGUUAGAUGGACAAUGGGAGGUUUCAACUUGUCUUUCUGCGUCUUUUGAGAGAGAAGUCGAGCGAGUAAGCGAUGAGAGGGAGCGAGGUGUGAUUCUUGCAUUGCGAGAUGCGUGCGAGGCGAGCUUGGAGGGUGUAUGUGAGGGUCAAAAGGGUGUUAGGGGAAUGGAUGUCUGGGCUGCUAGUUUCAGCUAAUCAAACGAGUCGUUCAGGGCUAUGUAGAUUGACUACCGAUUAGUACACAGGCUGAUUAGAGUUCCGAAUAGCACAGUAUCGCAUGCAGCUAUCGUGGCGGAGGGGCCGUAUAGG